CCCACGCACACACCCGCACGCACGCACACACACACACACACACACACACACACACACACACACACACAAACACUCUCACAGAUUCUUCCACCAUGGGUUCUUCGACAACCCGGGCUCUCCGGCUCCAGGCUCUCUGUCCCCGGACACUUCCUGCUGCUCGGCCCGGUGUGGAGCUCCGUUCCCGGGGCUCCUCCGGCCUGGACCAGACCCUGAACCUCCAGGCCGACAUCGAGGCUGGGAAAACAAAGAGCAUCGAUGAUCUGCCCGGCCCCAGUUUAGCCACCACUCUGUACUGGUUAUUCAUCAAAGGAUACGCGGACAAGAGCCACUUGCUGCAGGAUGUGCAGAAGAACCUCUUCGGGCCCAUCUGGCGGUCCCGGUUCGGUCCGUUCGACAUCGUGAACGUGGCGUCGCCGGAGCUGAUCGAAGAGGUGAUCCGGCAGGAGGGAAAGUUCCCGGUCAGGUGUGAUCUGCCGCACUGGAAGGAGUACCGGGACCUCAGGGGCCAGGCCUACGGGCUGCACGUCGA